GUACCUUUGAUCAACGAGUACAAUCUCUAUGACAAUAUGGAAGAUGUUGUGAUGCGUGCUGGAUUACAUCCCAGUUAUUGGACACUAGUCAGUUUCUGUGGCAUGCUGUUACCCCUCAGGUAACUCACGACAGAUUGUCGAGGGAUAGGCUGGACCCAGCCAUAGCACUAGGCAUCAUGUCGGGUUUCGAUGACUGCUUGACUGGCGGAGCUUUAUCGACUCCGAGCUCAGGUCGAGUUAUCGGUGGCAGACUUCAAGAGAGAGCGCCUCGAGCUUGUUCGAAUUGACCAAGUGCAACUCACAAACUUCACCAUGAGUGUUCUUCUUGAUUCUAGUUACCAAACCGCCCUGGUCUACGGCCUUGGGCUCCUUUGCGGCGUUGCCGUUCAUUGGGGCAUCUUCAUUCACGGAGAAUGGCAUGUCCAGGCUCCUCAGAUUGCUCUGGGUCAUUUGUGGCUCUUCUUUUGUUCCGCGGCUCUCAGCUAUUACUACAAGGGCUCAACUGUUGGUGAUCUAUGCCAUUCAGUCUUGAUACUAUUCGCCGGCUAUCUGCCUGGACUUUUCACCAGUAUCACACUCUACAGACUCUACUUUCAUCGGUUGACAACUGCUGGUUUCAAGGGCCCGUGGUACGCCCGGGUCACCAAGCUGUGGCACGUCUGGGCCUGCAGAAACUGCAAGAAUCACCUGCUCUUGGAGGAUUUACAUGAGCAGUAUGGAGACUUCGUGAGAACAGGACCCAGUGAAAUCACUGUCUUCCACCCAGGAGUCUUCAUGGCUGUAGAUGGUCCCCGGUCUGAAUGCAUCAAGUCUGAGUGGUACGACAUUCUGCACCCCGAUCGUGCGCUUGUCACGACACGCAUCAAGCCAAUUCAUGCUGCCAGACGUCGUGAAUGGAACCGUGGGUUCUCGGCACAAGCCCUUGUUCAACACGAGUCAAAGAUUCUCAAGUAUAUUGAGCAGCUGGACGUCUGCAUCGAGGCGGAUGCCAAAGCGCAUGUUGCUUCGGAAGUACGGAACCUGUUCUUUUGGUUUGGCUUUGAUGUCAUGGGAGACUUUGUCUUUAGCAAGUCGUUUGACAUGCUGCACCAGCAGCAGUGGCACCAUAUCAUUAUACGGCUGCAGCGUGCCCUUUCGCUGCUUGGACCGUUCAGCCCUGCUCCAUGGCUCAUCCAAGUCGGCUUCAAGCUGGGACCGCGUAUCAACGUACUCAAGGACUGGUUUGACAUGGUCGCCUGGUGCGAGCGGCAGAUGCGUGUCAGACUUGAUGACGGGACUCCUAAGCCAGCCGUCCCUGAUCUGGCCUACUACUUGAUGGAGCUGAAUGACGGCCAGACUGAGCUCAAGGAUCGGUUGCCAUGGCUUUAUGGCGAUAGCUUGCUGGCAAUUGUUGCUGGAAGUGAGCCGACGGCUGCUGCCUUGAUUGGUAUCUUCUGCGAGUUGGCUAAGCACCCUGAGCACGCCGACAAGGUCUAUGAAGAAUUGAAAGACGUCGACGCUACCAACCUCAAGACUCUCACGAGCCUCCCGCACCUCAACGCUGUCAUCAACGAAGGUCUCCGCUUGUACCCAGCCCUCCUCACCGGCGGGGCCAGGAAAACCACGGAGAACGGGGCCACGAUCGGUGGGACUUUCAUCCCGCCAGACACGACAAUCAUUGCCCCGCGUCACGUUAUAUCCCGAAGGGAGGACUGCUUCGAGCGGGCCAACGAGUUCAUUCCUGAGCGAUGGAGUACGCGGCCAGAGAUGAUCCGCAAUCUUGCAGCUUUUGCGCCAUUUGGAACAGGUCACCAUAGCUGUCUUGGUCGUUUCCUGGCCACUGACACUAUGCGAUUCGUUGUUGCUAGACUUGUGAAGAAGUAUCACUUCCGCCUCGCCCCGGGAGAGACGGGCAACCGCGUCUUCGACGACGUUAGGGACCAGUUCACCUCUAAUCCGGGUCCCCUGUCACUGUGUUUCGAGUUGAGGUGAUCAUACUAAGUUUAGACAAUAUACUAUGUAGUCACUUAGAGUUUAGCCAAGGUACCAAGAAGCAAAUCGUAUCAUUCUUUUCCAAUGUUGAGAUCUUGAUUAUUCAUACGUAAGAGCAUUUGCUGUAUUGGGCUAUCUCUGGGCG